AUGGAGAAAGUAGAGUUACCAGUUCACAACCAUCCUUUGGUAAGUUUCACUCGUUUCUCUCUUGGUCAAUGUAAAGGCUGUUGGUCUCGUGGUUACAUUUACGGAGGAUAUCGUUGCAAUGAGCCUGGAUGUGAUACUAUGUUUCACAAAACGUGUGCUGAAUCUUUACCAGAAAUCAAACACUAUUCUCAUCCCGACCAUACUCUGAAGCUCGUCCGAAAGUUCCAAUCAUCCAUGUGUAGUUUGUGUCGGGUCUGGUUUGAAACAGGUUACUUCUGUUCCAUCUGCGAUUUCAAGUUGGAUUUGGGUUGUGAUAGGAGACCAGACCCACCUCUUACUCUCGAAAAGUCAAACACGCAUGAGCAUCCUCUUGUGCUCUCUAACGGAGUGGGAUUUGAGUUGUCUCAAAGUGAAAGAAACUGCAAAGUGUGCUUCGAGGAAGUUCUUGAAUUCGAGACAUGCUAUGAAUGUCACGAGUGCGAAUUGUUCUUCCAUGUGAAAUUCACCGAGGGCUCUCACACUUCUCACCCGGAGCACCCACUCAAGUUUCUAACUGGUAAAGAAGCACCCGAUUAUGCUGACAAGAACUGUCUUCUUUGCGGGAUGGAGUUUAUUCGAGAGCUUCACCACUGUGAUGUUUGUAACUUCAGCAUAUGUAAAGAGUGUAUGAGAAACCCACCACCACUAGAUGUUGUUAGCCAGACGACUCAUAAACAUCAACUUCACCUCCUUCCAAGACGCAUCGCUUUUGUUUGCAAUGCAUGUGGAACGCAAGGUAACCAAAGCCCUUAUUUCUGCUUUCAGUGCAAUUUCAUGAUUCAUCGAGAUUGUAUCGAUCUACCACGCGUCAUAAACAUCAACCGUCAUGACCAUCGUAUCUCUUACACUUGUCGUCUCGGACAUGGGAACUGGACUUGUGGAGUUUGUCGCGAGAAAGUGGAUGGGUUCUUUGGGGCUUAUUCUUGCUCAAAAUGUUCUAGUUAUGUUGUUCAUUCAAGAUGUGCAACGAGAAAGGAUGUAUGGGACACGAUAGAGCUAGAAGGAACAGCAGAAGAAGAGGAAAUAGCUCCAUUCGAGGUGGUUGAUGAUUCAACGAUAAAACAUUUUAGCCAUGAUCAUUAUCUACGACUCAACAAGGAUGGUGUGAUUCUUCAUGAAAACAAGCUUUGUGAAGCGUGUGUUUCUCAAAUAUGUGCAGAGUCUUUCUACAGCUGUGAGCAAUGUGAUUUCAUUCUCCACGAAAGAUGUGCUAAUCUCUCCCGAAAGAAACGGCAUGUGUGCCACAACCAACCUUUCAUGCUACACACAAGUCCUGGAGCCCAAAAAAGUUGCUGUGCUCUUUGUGAUCAAAAGUUCAAUGGCUUCAUGUACAAGUCUGCUAAUCACAAGGUUCUAGAUGUGCGAUGUGGUUCGAUUUCAGAGCCGUUUGAGCACAAAAGCCAUCCACAUCCUUUAUACUACUCUGGAGAAACCUUCAAGUAUUGUAGUGCACAUGGCGGAGGGCUGAACAGAGGAAUGUUCACUUGUGAUGAUUGUGAUUAUAGCUUGGACUUCAAGUGCGCUCUUUUACCGAAAAUGGUAAUGAAUCACAGGUAUGACGACCAUCCUCUCUUCUUGUCUUAUGGUGAAAGCAAUGUGGAUGGUGAAUAUUGGUGUGAGGCAUGCGAAACUAAAGUGAAUCCCAAGAAAUGGUUCUAUACAUGCGAUGAAUGUGGAGUCGUGUUGCAUAUUUCAUGCGUCGUGGGAGACUUCUCGUACAUCAUGCCUGCUCGAGAAGGUUCAAUAACAUGGUCGAAUAAACAAGUUGUUCCCAACACUUCUAUUUGUAGAAUACUUUGCUCUACAUGCAAGUCUCGAUGCAAUCUCUCUUCUGUUCUUAAAGUUUCCAAGGCCGGUGUUGAUUCAUACUUUUGUUCUAGCUCAUGUGACACGAGUUAUUUACUAAUAUAG